AAAAAAGAAAAAAAAAAGCGAAAAAGAAAUCGGAAAAGUUUCGCCUCUGUUCACGUCGUUUCUCUUGUCGUUUACUUACAGAAGAGGCAAAGCUGAAGGCCGCUCUCGGAGCUCACACUCUCUCUAGGAUCUCACUUUAUUCUAGGGUUUUCUUCGUUUAAUCUCGCAAGGAAGAGAUCUCCGGGAACUUUGGAACCAAGCAUUACAUUGGAUCGUACGCCGUAAUUUUCAGCGGUGAAGAUUGCGUUUACGUGGGGUUUGGUUUGUGAUUUGGUCCCAGGAAAACGAGCAAGGGGAAUGGGGAUGGUAGUUUCAAGACAACUCGGGCUUGUUCUGUUUGAUUUCUAGAGAUAUUUUUUUUCUGGAGAAUCAAGGGAAAGGCCUGUUGUUAGUUCAUACGCUCAAAAAGAUGCGAGGAGAGAGGAGAAAAGGGUUGCGUCUGAGCAAAUUGUACUCGUUCGUGUGUUUUAGACCUUUCUCAAGGGAUGAUCAUUCUCAAAUCGGGCAAAGAGGUUACUCAAGAGUUGUGUUCUGUAAUGAUCCCGACAAUCCUGAGGCCCUUCAGCUUAAUUACAGAGGGAAUUAUGUGUCAACUACAAAGUACACAGCCGCCAAUUUCAUACCCAAGUCGCUGUUUGAGCAGUUUAGGAGGGUUGCUAACAUCUACUUUCUCGUCGUGGCCUUUGUUUCAUUCAGUCCUUUGGCACCUUACACUGCCCCAAGUGUUCUUGCCCCUUUGAUAGUUGUAAUUGGUGCUACUAUGGUUAAGGAAGGAAUCGAAGAUUGGAGGCGAAGAAAACAAGAUGUUGAAGCUAACAAUAGGAAGGUUGAAGUUUAUGGCAAAAACUACACUUUUGUCGAAACUAAGUGGAAAGACCUUCGUGUUGGGGAUCUAGUUCGGGUUCACAAGGACAGUUACUUUCCAGCGGAUCUGCUUCUUCUUUCUUCUAGCUAUGAUGAUGGGAUUUGUUAUGUUGAGACCAUGAACCUUGAUGGGGAGACUAAUUUGAAGUUAAAGAAUGCCUUGGAGAUCACUUCGUCGUUGAAUGAUGAAGAAUCUCUCAAGAACUUCAGGGCAGUAAUCAAAUGCGAGGACCCAAAUGAGCAUCUUUAUUCUUUUGUGGGAACACUCAACUAUGAUGGAAAACAGUACCCGCUCUCUCCACAGCAGAUACUUUUGAGGGAUUCAAAACUGAAAAAUACAGAUUGCGUCCAUGGUGUUGUUGUUUUCACUGGUCAUGACACCAAAGUGAUGCAGAAUGCUACUGACCCACCUUCCAAGAGGAGCAAGAUUGAGAGAAAAAUGGACAAGAUCAUUUACGUCCUUUUCAGUAUCUUGAUUUUGAUAGCAUUUACUGGAUCUGUGUUCUUUGGGAUUGCAACAAGGAAAGAUAUCAGCAAUAGUGAAAAAUUAAGAAGAUGGUAUCUUAGACCGGAUCAGACGACUGUAUUUUAUGACCCACGAAAAGCAAUUCUUGCUGCUUUCUUUCAUUUCUUGACUGCUCUAAUGUUAUAUGGGUACUUAAUACCCAUAUCAUUAUAUGUUUCCAUUGAGAUUGUCAAGGUUUUACAGAGUGUUUUCAUUAACCAAGACCAAGAGAUGUAUCAUGAGGAGACAGACAGGCCUGCCCGUGCUAGGACAUCCAAUCUUAAUGAGGAACUUGGUCAAGUUGAUACAAUCCUUUCCGAUAAAACGGGCACUCUGACGUGCAAUUCCAUGGAGUUUGUUAAAUGUUCAAUUGCUGGAAUUCCUUAUGGACGCGGUAUGACAGAAGUCGAGACAGCUUUGAGAAAGAGAAAGGACAUGCCUCAAGAAAUUGAUGAUUCUAUGUCUAGUAAGGAUCCAACUGCAAAGUCAAUGAAAUCAGUUAAAGGAUUUAACUUUUGGGAUGAGAGAAUAUUCGACGGGCAAUGGGUUAAUCAACCUCGUGCAGAUAUCAUCCAGAAGUUCUUCAGGGUAUUGGCUAUUUGUCACACAGCUAUUCCCGAUGUAAACGGAGAUACAGGGGAAAUAGCAUAUGAAGCAGAGUCACCCGAUGAAGCUGCAUUUGUUAUAGCUUCUAGAGAGCUUGGAUUUGAAUUCUUUGCAAGGACUCAAACUAAUAUAUCCUUGCAUGAACUUGAUCACAUGACCAGUGAAAAUGUUGACAGAGUAUAUGAGCUUCUUCAUGUCCUGGAGUUCAGCAGUUCCCGAAAAAGAAUGUCUGUGGUUGUACGGAAUCCAGAAAACCAUCUCUUACUUCUUUCCAAAGGGGCAGACAGUGUGAUGUUUGAAAGACUUGCAAAACAUGGGCGGCAAUUUGAGACUGAAACAAAAGAACACAUCAAGAGGUAUGCUGAAGCAGGUUUAAGAACCUUGGUCAUUACAUACCGAGAACUCGAUGAGGAUGAGUACAGAAUGUGGGAAGAGGAGUUUAAGAAGGCCAAAACUUCUGUCUCUGCAGAGAGAGAUGCUUUAAUAGAUUCAGCUGCUGAUAAGAUAGAGCGAGACUUGAUCCUUCUUGGUGCUACUGCAGUGGAAGACAAACUGCAAAAGGGUGUUCCAGAGUGUAUUGACAAGUUAUCUCAGGCCGGGAUCAAAAUAUGGGUAUUAACGGGUGAUAAGACAGAAACUGCUAUAAAUAUUGGAUAUGCUUGUCGUCUCCUACGAGAAGACAUGAAUCAGAUUUUGGUAACUUUAGAUUCACCCGAUAUUGAAGCCUUAGAGAAACAAGGCGCCAAGGAUGCUGUCUCAAAGGCUUCUUUCGAAAGUAUAAAGAAACAGAUUAGGGAUGGGAUGUCACAAAUCACUGCAGCAAGUGAGAUUUCAGCUAAAGAAGGUCUGAAAACGUUUGCUUUAGUGAUAGAUGGAAAGUCAUUGGCUUUUGCUUUGGACAAGAAGCUGGAGAAAGAAUUCUUGGGACUUGCAAUUUGUUGCAACUCCGUUAUAUGCUGCCGGUCUUCACCAAAGCAAAAGGCUCUUGUUACAAGAAUGGUGAAAACUGGGACAGGUAGAACAACACUGGCCAUUGGAGAUGGCGCAAAUGAUGUUGGAAUGCUUCAAGAGGCUGAUAUUGGAGUUGGGAUUAGUGGUGCUGAAGGAAUGCAGGCUGUGAUGGCUAGUGAUUUUGCGAUUGCUCAGUUCCGAUUCCUGGAACGCUUAUUGCUGGUUCAUGGCCAUUGGUGUUACAGACGAAUAGCGAUGAUGAUAUGCUACUUCUUCUACAAGAACCUAACUUUCGGGUUCACGCUGUUUUGGUAUGAGGCAUUUGCUUCCUUCUCUGGGAAACCAGCUUAUAAUGACUGGUACAUGUCGUGUUAUAACGUCUUCUUCACUUCCCUUCCCGUCAUUGCCCUUGGAGUUUUUGAUCAGGACGUCUCUGCUCGUCUCUGUCUCAAGUAUCCGCUGCUAUACCAAGAGGGAGUUCAAAACAUACUCUUCAAUUGGGCACGGAUCCUCGGGUGGAUGGCUAAUGGAAUCCUCAGCUCGAUGAUCAUCUUCUUCCUCACCAUCAACUCCAUGGCCGCUCAAGCUUUCCGCCGUGAUGGAAGAGUAGUAGACUACUCGGUCCUAGGCGUAACAAUGUACUCAUCCGUGGUCUGGACAGUGAACUGCCAAAUGGCUCUGUCCAUAAACUACUUCACUUGGAUCCAACACUUGUUCAUAUGGGGAAGCAUCGGUUUCUGGUACUUGUUCCUCGUCGUCUAUGGCUCGCUCCCGCCUACGUUCUCCACUACUGCUUUCAGGGUCCUCGUUGAAACCUCGGCCCCGAGCCUGUACUGCUGGUUAACCCUCGUGCUAGUCGUUGUCUCGGCCCUUUCCCCGUAUUUCUCUUACAGGGCGUUUCAGAUCAAUUUCAGACCGAUGUACCAUGAGGUCAUAGUGGAAAGGAGGAGAACCGAACGGCCACUGCCACUGCCACUGCCACUGCCACUGCCACAGGAGGAGACAGAUAUCUCCGGUGAGCUUCCGACACCAGUGGAAUUCACUCUGCAUCAUCUUAAAGCUAACUUGUCUAGAAGAAACUCUUGGAACUGAUGCUGUCUGUUUGCCUGUUUGUGUGUUUUUGUGUGUGUGUAUUCUUUUAUGAUGUAGGGAGGGAUGUUUUCCUUUGUAGGUUUGCGCGUUUAGAUAGUUUUAGCACUUUCUCUACGAUGAGAAUUAAUGGUAAUUAGAGUGUGUGAUUUGUGUUAA